GUGUUAUCUCUCGGCAGUAUCUCAGACGAUCACUGUAACCGUCGUCCGUUGCCUCACACCAUGAACUUCUGUCUACAUCCACAACUCACCACCACCAGCAGUGACGAAGACGACGAAGACGAUGACGACGACGAAGAUGAAGAAUGGUUCUCCCCAACCUCGUCGUCGCCUUCGUCGUCGUCCUGCGCCCUCGGGGACUCGGAGGUCUUCCUACAGGAGUCUGCUUUCGGGAGUUUCACGUCUCCUCCUGGUGAACCUGAAGGGCCAGGUACUGUUCCUUCCCCGAGACGACUCCGCUUCAGGUCGUCCACUUCCAGUUGGUCGUCGUACCACAGCAGUAGCAGCAGCGACCUCGGGCAUCCAACGCGUCGUGGCUCCGUCAAGCGGUUCUUCCAGCGGCCUCUGUCCGUCCUGCGGAGUUUGUCCUGGGGCGAGAAGGAGUUGGAUGCCCUCUCCUGCGCCCCCUCCACUUCCCUCCUUCAGGAGUUUACCGACGCCCUCCUCCACGUCUAUCGCACCAACACCUUCCCCCCAGAGGGACUCCAACAGUUCCACGAGAAGUUGGCAGUACUGGUGAUGGGUGGCGGAGGCGGGCUGGCCCUCAGGUGGUGGCAGAGCGAGGUGGUGCCAGGGGGAACCAGGAUGUUGGCAGUGAGGGUGGCCAGUCCUCUUGAUGGCGACCGACUCACUGCACUCGUGGCUGCCUGGCGAUCACUCUACACCAGUACACUACCAUUACUGCUGGCUCUACUGGCACCCAUCAACAAUUUGGACGUUCGUGGGGACGUGUUGUCAGCCUUCAGGGAUACUGUGGUGCCAUACGCUGACCUGCCCGCCAUCAGACAAUCACAGCCCAAGGCCUUCACUGCGCAUGCGUGGACCCUCAAGCAAAUGACGCUUCUAUUGGCGAGUCUGGGACCGUGUACGUGUGACCUGCUGGGCGGUAAAGAAGCAGGCGGCCGACAGAGAAGCAGAGAAGGAGACAAUAAGGAUAAACCAGGAAGAGAGAGAGAAAGAAGAAAUAUAGUAAGGAGAUAGAGAAUAUUCUUGCUG